AUGGUAUUUUUGCCAAAUAUAUCACACAAAAGAAAAACUUUCACAGGUCCAACAGUUGAAGAUUUUGAUUCAACUUCCCUUAUAAAUAGAGCGAAUGUGAAGGUGUUAAGUGUUCCGCAAUAUGAUUAUAAUCCAAAGCCCACCACAAGUAGUUGGACGUUUAGCGGAAGUCAAAAUGACAAAACAUGGAAUCGAUUCAACAACAUUUUAAAGAAGCAAGAUUUGGUAGCAGCAAAGAACAACUCACCAUAUGUCCUUGCUAGUUUUGACUGGUUGUUGAUGGAUACUAACCAGGACCACCUGAAAAUUAAAUAAUAAUAAUUAAUCAUGAUAUUUUUACAAAAAUUUAAAUAUGCAUAAUGGGAACUUACUAAUUGC